AUGAUUGGUCGUCUACGUCACUUUCGAAUAAUUCAUUUUCUUAUUGCACCGACAAUAGACAAUCAUAUUUAUUUAUUAAAUUCAAAAUUUAAGAAUAUUUUACUCUAUACACUAGCUUUAGUAAACAUUAAAAGAUCAUUGUUCUAUUCAGUAUGUUAUAUUUAUUGCUAUUUCAUUACAUAUGUUCUUAUUCUAAUUAUUAUAUUAUUAAUUUUAAUAAUUCAAAAUCAUCAACGAGAUUUACAUUUACCGAUUCCACCAUUAAAUUUAUCAAUAAACUACUGUUUAAUUAUUCGUAGUUCAAAUAGUCAUUCAUUCGAUAAAUUAAUUCAAAUAAUUGAACAAGAAUCGAUUGGUUGGCCAAAUGUUCAUAUUGCUAUUUAUAAUUCAUCUUUACAAGAUGAAAUUUUCUUUAAUUACGAUUAUCCAAUUAUUCAAACAUCAUCGGAUGAUUAUACAUUAAAUAGUUUACUUAAUAUUAAUGCAAAAUUUAUAAAUAGAAGUAAAGUGAAUUUAGAUUAUUCUCUAGCAUUAGAAUAUUGUUAUUCAACUAAAAUAUCAAUAAAAUCAAAGUGUACAACGAUAAUGAAACCAUUUGAUUAUACAAUAACACUUGAAGAAAAUGUUAUAUUAACAAAAAAUAUAUUUCAUAAAAUCGAACAAACGGUGAUGAUGUACGGUAUAUGUCAUCAAUGGUUAGCAUGGACAUUAUUUCAUGAUAAUAAUCAUUUGUCUCAUCAACUUUAUAAACAUGGAGAUCGAUAUAAACAUAAAAUUCAUAGGAAAGCUUUUAUCUGGUGUAAUUUACAAUUACCAGCAUUUAUUGCCUACAUCCGUUUGAAACAUCGUCUACAGUCUUUUGAUGAUAAUAUAAGAAACUAUAUCGAACAAUUUAGCUUCAAAAUUUAUGUAACAGUGCCAAACUUAGUAGAGGAAGUAAAAGAAGAAAAUGUUAUAAUUAAUGAAAAAUUUAUAUUAAACCGAAAAAGAAACGAUGGAAAAUGUGCACUGAUAAUUAUAAUGAAACAUCCUCUUCUCAACUUUUGA